AUGAGUUUUACUUCUUCUCCAAGUUCAACAAAUUCAUCAUCACAACCUAAAAGAAUAAGAGCAAGUGGUGAAGUACUUGAUUUUCUUAUUUCAGAAUUUGAAAAAUGUUCAAAUCCAUCACCAGAUUAUCGUAGAUAUAUUUCUGAUAGAUCUCAGAUGAGUGAAAAAGCAGUUAGAAUCUGGUUUCAAAAUAGAAGAGCAAAACAAAGAAAAUAUGAAAGAAAUCAAAGACUGGAAAAUAAGUAUAAUAAUAAUAAUAAUAAUAAUAAUAAUAAUAAUAAUAAUGAUAAUAAUAACAAUAAUAUUAACAACCAAACUACUAAAUAUUAUCUUCCUCCUUCACAUUCAAUUAUUGAAAUUAAUGAAAAAUAUUGUUUUAUUAAUUGUAGUUCAUUAUCCGUGGGUUCAUGGCAAAGAAUAAAAUCAGGAUAUGUCGAUGAUGGAAAUUUAAUCAGUUCAUUAAUUAAUUUAUCACCAUUUAAUUUGAAUAAUGUAAUGACUAACGUUGAUCUAUUAGUCAUAUUAUCUAAAAAGAAUAAUGAGUUGAAUUAUUUCUUUAGUGCUGUGUCAAAUAACAAUAAGAUACUUUUUAGAAUUUUUUAUCCAUUAAGUUCAAUCAAAAGUUGUUUUUUUCAUGAAAAUAUAGAUGAAGAUGCUGUUGAAUUACGUAUUAAUUUAAAUUUUAUUCCCAAAUUUUCAGUAUAUUUUUUCAAUGGUAUAAGUUCAACUUCAAAUCAAUGGAGUUUAUGUGAUGAUUUUUCAGAAGGUCAACAAGUUAGUCAAUCUGGUGUUGAAGGUGUUGAAAUUCCUCAUGUUUUAGUUGGUGAUCGUAAUUCAUUACAAUAUUUGAAUUCUUAUAUUUCAAAUCAUACAUAUCAAGAAGAAAAAGUUGAAAAUUUUGGAAAUACAAUUGAUUUAUUAAUGAAUAAUAUGCCUGUUCAACAAAAUGUUCUAAUGAAUAAUAUUGAUGUUAGUCCAAUAAGUCAUCAAAAUGUACAUAUUGAUAUACUGGCAUCUUUAAGUCAAGAAGUUUUAAGUCAAGAAGUUUUAAGUCAUAAUAUAAGUCCAAUAAAUCAAGAAAUGCCAUAUAAUAAUAAUCGACAAAUUUCCAAUCAAGAAGUACCAUUUCAUCAAGAAUUUCCUAAUGUAACACCACAUAAUCAAAUUAAUGAACCAAUUAAUUAUAAUCAAGACUCUUCUCCGUUUAGUGUGCAUUCGAACAAUGGAUAUAAUAAUAAUCAACACAAUUUCUACCAGUCUGAUACUCAUAACUCAUCAAUUUCACUCAAACAACAACAAGCUCCUCAAAAUGCAAUAAGUCCUACUCAAACAUCACCUGAUUAUUAUACGACAAGUAAAGGUACUGAUUUUGAAAUAGAAGCACCAAUUGAAAGUCUUGGUGCUUUAAAUCAAAAUAUUUCCAGUCAAGGUUUAGGAUUGAGUGGUUUCAAUUUUGAUAAUAAUAAUGUGAAUCAUGAUUCACAAUUUGAUUUGGGGUUAGGAAUAGAUUUAGAAAUUGAAAAUAAUCAAGCUGCAAUUUGA